GCGUUGUAAGCAGGUAUUUUCUGUCCUAGAAGUCAUUUCAGAGUGGUUUUGUGUUUAAGGACAUGGCAAUAUUUCUCCGUAUUAACCCCGUUAAGGUUCUGAAGGCUUCUUUAAAACAGUGCGUUAUAGCAGGCAGCAGGCUAACCUGUUUUUAGCUUGUCUAACACUUAACUACUAGCUUAGCAGCGGGGAAACAGCUAACAUUUUAACGGAAGAAGCUAUGCAGCGUCUCGCUGGAGAAAACACCGGAUGAUGGUGCUGCCAGGCAGGUGAAAGGAAUGAAACCCGAAGGUCAGCGGUCUGUCAUGGCAGAGAACGGACGGGAGCUGGUCGGUUCGGUGAAACAAGCUCGCUUUUCGGACCGACAGUCGUUCAAGUGUUGGACCCACUUCCACAGCUUGAUGGGCGGUCUGGACACCCUCAGACAGAGCGGAACCCUGUUCGAUGUUGUACUUCUGGUAGAGGGUCGUCCCAUUCAAGCCCACCGUGUUCUGCUGGCUGCCGCUUGUGAUUAUUUCAGGUACAAACCACAGCUUUGGCUGCAGCCUUACUUUUGGUUUUAUUUUGAGUUUUGUCAUGAGUCUCACGCGAAAACAUUUCAGGUACUUUCCUAAAAAAAUUCACGGAAUAUCCUACACGGCCAUGGAAAAAAUUCUUGACUACAUCUACACUUCGGAGAUCGAGUUAGACCUACAGAACGUUCAGGAAAUCCUGAUGGCCGCGUCGCUUUUUCAGCUGGAAAAUGUUAUCAGCUUCUGCUGUGACUUCCUGUUCUCCUGGCUGGACGACAGCAACAUUUUGGAGGUUCUCCACUUGGCCGACGUCUACGGACUGGAGCAUCUCAAAGCCAAGGUCCACUCCUACGUCCUCAGGAACAUUCAGACUUUGUCUCGGACGGACAUGUACCGGCAGCUCCCCGAGGAGGACGUCUUCAGGGUGCUGAGCAGCGACGCACUUCAGGUGGCCAGCGAGAACGAGGUGUACGAGGCCGCGCUUCACUAUCACUACAGCCCUGAGGAAGUGGAAACUGACCAGGUGUACUUGCAGGGCAACCUCAGGAUGCUUGACGCUGUCCGUUUCAGCCUAAUCGAGAAGCAAGUGUUGCAGAGACUCCACGGCAGACUGAACCCGUGUCCGCUGAAGGACUCCGUUGCGGCGGCGCUAAGAUACCACGAGCAGGAGUUGUUGCAGCCCGCCCUGCAGAGCCCCCUCACUCAGCCGCGCUCCACCUUCCACUGCAUCCUCGGCUUCGGCGGGAUGUUCAGCUCCAGCGUCUCUGCGGACAUGGAUCACGUGUUCCAGGUGUUCCACCCGAGCUGGAGUGAGUGGAGAACUCUCAAAGCGGCUCACGCUCCCCGAAUGUCCAACCAGGGCAUCGCUGUGCUCAACAACUUUGUUUAUCUUAUUGGAGGAGAUCGGAACAACAGUGGCUUUCGUGCAGACAGUCGCUGCUGGAGAUAUGACCCUCGUUACAACAGCUGGUGCUCCAUCCAGCCUCUGCAGAUGCAGCAUGCCGACCACUGCGUUUGUGUGGUGGGCGGCCAUAUUUACGCAAUCGGCGGGCGGGACUACAAGAGUGAGCUGGACUGGGUGGAGCGCUACGACCCGGUCACCAACAAGUGGGAGUUUGUCUCUCCACUGAAGAAAGAAGUGUACGCUCAUGCUGGAGCGGUGCUGGAUGGCAGGAUUUAUGUAGCAUGUGGCCGUAGAGGGAUGGCGUACCUCAGAGAGACUUACUGCUACGACCCUUCAACCGACGACUGGACGGCAUGCGCUGAGGGCCCGGUGGAGCGGGCGUGGCACGGCAUGGCUGCCGCGAACGGGCGCGUGUAUGUGAUCGGCGGCAGUAAUGAUCAGCGUGGAUAUCGGCGUGACGUCCUGCAGCUGGCUUGCUUUGACCCAACACCAAACUCUUGGUCUUCAUUAACCCCCCUCCCAUCCGGACACGGAGAACCCGGCAUGGCCGUGCUGGACGGCCGCAUCUACGUCCUGGGCGGGCGCUCCCACGACAAAGGCAACAGGAUGAAGUACGUUCACGUCUACAACACAGACACAGGGGAGUGGGAGAACGAGACUGAAUUUAGCAAGCGCGUCUCCGGCCUCGCCGCGUGCGUCGCGCUCAUGCCCCCCGCCGUGAUCGCUCAGGCCCGCAGCUGGGACCAGUACACCAAGGCUUCGUCGGAUGACGCGGACAUAGACAACUCGGAAGAAUCCAGCGAGGACUGAACCAAAGUCACCUGCCGUCCUGCGUUUUUCUGACUCAGAACAGGAAGCAGGACGGUGCACUGGUGACUUUUUGUGCCUCUGGUUAAGCACCUUUGCACACAUUUGUUACUUUUUGAAACUCAUGGUACCACACUAUACCCAGAUAUCCUUACCACCUGAAUCCUUCAUCCCAACUGGUUGUGGCUCCUGUUUUUGUUUUAUCUUUAUUUCUUCUGUUUUUGUUUUCUAUGUAUGUAUAGGACUAAUUAAACACAGACUGGUGUUUUCAGCAUUUAGUUUCUGCUAAUUAUGAUGAUACUCUAAUUGCAGCUUAUAAAAACAUAACAUUUCUGAUUGGAAUGUUACACUAGACCAAUAAAAAACAUGUUUAAUACAGAAAUGAGGCUUUAAUAAAAAGUUAAUCUGCAUAAUGGCUUUUUUCAAAAGCUAAAGAAGCCUCACUGGAACUCAUAUUCUUUCUUUUUACAUUAGCUGCAGCACCGAUUGAGCAUAAGCAGUUGAUCACUUUUAAAGGUAUUUCUAUGAACAAGCCUAACCUUUUCAAUAAAUUUGACAAAGCCUGUCACGCUACAAAGUUUUGUCCCAGAAGUUAUUGCAAUUAACGAUAAUAUCGUCGUUUUGAGCCCAUUUUCCAGUAAUAUAACUGUAAUGGCAAAAACACAAUCUCAAGGAUCAAUAAACUUUCAGUGCUAAUGAACAUUUAACUCUGGAACUGGGAGUCAUUUUAAAAAUAGAAAAUAAAUAAAUAAAUAAAAGAAAACAAAAGAAACAAAUAGAUGAAUUAUGAAAUCUCUGUAAACUAAAUUGUCCUUCCAAAGAAGUGGCUAGUUGAGACCAAAGCACCAGACUGAAGACGUUUUACAUCCAGAUUUUGAUGGUAAAAAAGUGUGGGGGAGGGGAGGGAGAGAACGACAAUAAAUCAUGCAAAUGGAGGUUAUUGAUCUCGUUUUAUUUACUGAUUGAUUGUGAUAGGCCCAAAUUUGACCGUUUUUCAGGUUUAAUGCUUGCGUUGGAUGUCUGUUACGACGGCUGCGCCUCGUUUUCCUCUCCUGCCAGAUCUCCACACCAGGAUCUGGUUGUCCUCGUCUGAACUUCCCCUCCUCUUAGCUGGAGUUUUUUGGUACCACCCAGUCUCCACCAGUUCCUUUCCAUUUGGCUUUAUGAAGGGCGACUGACUGCCGCUUUCCUUUUCGGGGCUGUUUCAUCUACAUCUGUUGCCCCCCCCCUCCCCCCUUCCUGCCCCCUGCCUCUUACCUCUGUCCCUCCCUCUGUUUUCACACUUUUGUGCCAGCCUCCAGCAAGUUGUCUGCUAGGAUCUGCUGACACCAGCACUGGACAUCCAGGAUCAACGGUCCGCUGUGUUUAUGCUCUUGUCCGUUUUGUUUUUGUUUUCGUACAAAGUUGCAGCACCACCUGGGGGAUACUUAAGACGCAUGUCCAGCACUUAGCCACGUCAGCAGUCUUUACGAACAUCUUAGUGCGGGUCGAUCCGGUGCUCUUUGCAGAGCAAUUAAAAGGGCCACAUUAGGCAUUGAUGUAGAGCUAUGCAGAUUGAGCCCAGUGGAGUUGAGGAGGGUGUUUGCGAGUGAAGGGAAUUUACUCUUGCUUCCCGCCCUGCUGCUGCGGAGUGGAGAAGGUCAAUGGAAAUCGAUUGGGGAACAAAGGAACGUUCAUUUUCCUCCAGGGAAUCCGCCGAUCGACAUGGUAGCUUCCCUGCGUGAACAGGAGCCAUAAAACGUCUUUCUUUGAAAAUGAAAAACUUCACUGGCGACAGUCGCAGUGACUUGCUUUAAGCAUCGCGGCAGCUGUGCACGAUCCACACAACACAACGAUAGGAUGUAGAACUGCUGAUUCUAGAUCCUAUUUAAAUCCAGGAGGAAAAAAAUAAUAAUUUGAUGCUGAAAAGUUUUGUAUUUUGCUUUUACAUUUGUAAUUUGCAAUCCUACUCAGGGUUGUCUGCAGCUUUAUGAAUGAAUUUCACUAGAUUUUCAACCCAUGUGCCUUAAGUUCAAUAAUAAAAUCAUAAUAUUACAAAAAACGUACCAAGAUCCCUGAAACUUUUCCGCAUUUUUCUGCACGGAUUCCAAGCUCAGAUGGGAUGAAAUGUCAUUGUGCCAAUUAUUUGUUGUGCACUUAAAACCUAUGUUGGAUAUAUAUACAAGCCAUGCAGUAGUGGCAGCAUCAUGCUCAGGGAAUGCAUUUCGGCAGCAGGGACAGUGCGACACAUUUCAGACUGAGCCAAGGGUUCCCAGUUCAGUUGGGCUCUAAUCCCAGAACUAUAGGGUUUAGUUUAGAUUACAUUUGUUAGAGUGGCCUAGUUAAAGUCCGGACCUAAAUUCAGUUGAGUGUCUGUAGCAAGAUAAAACAGGCAAAAACCUCGGUUUAUAUAUCUGCAAACCUGAUAGAGGCUUGACCCAAAAGACAAAAUUUAGUUCUACAAAGUAAUGAUUCGUAUAGGUGGAAUACAAAUGCAUGCUACACUUUUCAGAUAUUUAUUAGUAAAAACUCUUAAAUACCAUAUCAUUUCCUUUCCAUUUCACAUUUAAGCAUUAUUUUGCUUAUCACAUAACUCCCAAUAAAAUAGGUCUGGUUAGUGGUUGUCCUGCUUUAAAUAGCAUUUACAUUGAGCUCCACUGUUUCCUGACUUCAUUCUGUUUAUGUUUUUCUGCUCUUCACUCUGGAAUGUGAAAUAGUUGGACAUAUAUUGGGUUUUUUUGUUGUUGUUUUUUUUGUCUUCUAGUCACA